UCCAAGAAAGAUUGCACCCUUGCUUACCCAUCCUUAAACACAAACCCACCACCCAGCCAAAAUCUUGUGCCAGUUUCUAGCCUUGUCAAAGAAUGAUCGUGAAGUGCCUUGGAUAUUAUUAAUGUGGCAGUUCCCAAGCCAUUCAUCUCUUGGUCUCUAGCUUCUUGCCUUCUUGUUGCCUUCUUCUUUUUGGAGUCGGGGGAGAGAGGAGAUGGGGAGGGGGAGGGUGGAGCUGAAGAGGAUCGAGAACAAGAUAAACAGGCAGGUGACGUUCUCGAAACGGCGGAACGGGUUGCUGAAGAAGGCGUUCGAGCUCUCCGUCCUCUGCGACGCCGAGGUCGCCCUCAUCAUCUUCUCCAACCGCGGCCGCCUCUUCGAAUUCUGCAGCAGCUCCAGCAUGCUUAAGACACUCGAGAGGUAUCAAAGAUACAACUAUACUGCAUCAGAAUCUGUUGCCCCAUCAAGUGAGACACAGAACACUUAUCAAGAGUACGUGAGGCUGAAGACAAGAGUUGCGUUUUUGCAAAGCUCACAAAGAAAUCUCCUUGGUGAGGACUUGGACCCACUAAGUACAAAUGAACUCGAGCAGCUUGAGAAUCAGCUCGAGAAAUCUUUAAAGCAGAUCAGAUCAGCCAAGACACAGUUAAUGCUCGAUCAGCUUUCUCAUCUUAAAACAAGGGAACAAGAGAUGCAGGAAGCAAACAGAUCACUGAAAAGAAAGUUGCAAGAAGCCGCUUCACAAAAUCCCCUCCAAAUGCCAUGGCCAAAUGGUAGUGGUGAUCAUGCCGGUGGUGCAUCAAAUGCCGGUGGUGCAUUUAGGGGAUUCUUCCAGCCAUUGGGAUGCGACCCUCCUUUGCAAAUUGGGUACCACCCUGUGCACAUAGACCAGUCAAACGGAGGAGCUAUGUCCCGCAAUUCCAAUGGCUGCCAGCUUCCUGCAUGGAUGGGGUGAGUUCCAAGCCUCAUUAGGUGUACGUGCCCACCUGUAAGAACCCAUUGUUGUGUGGAUUCUCCUUUUUCUUCCUGCCUUUUUUGUUGUAAGCUGAUCCUGCUUUAUCCGUGAGAAAAGAUAAGGAAACAAUAAAGACAGUGCUUAAGCUUUAUUGGU